UCUACGACUGGCAGGCGGGGGGCGGCGGCGCUUCUUACCUUGCGCACGGCAUGCGGUACAGUCGGGAGGAGGGCAGUCUGGUCGUGCCUCUCACUGGGUACUACAACAUCUACUGUCAGGUACAGUUCACCCAUACUCCACAAGAGGGUACAACAGACACGGGAUCGCCCCACCUGUCCUUCUCUGUGUACCAACUGCCCAGAUCACCCCCCGCGUACCGCAUCAUGACGGGCGGUGGUACCGUCCACACCGUGUUGGAAGGUGGGGCGUGGGCGAAGACAUUUUACGUGGAGGGGGUGUUUCGGCUCCAGGCGAGGGACCACCUGUAUGUGACUGUGUCUGACUUGGGAAAAGUGAACCCGUAUGAGUAUGCCACGUAUUUUGGAGCGUUCUUAGUUUCACGGUGAAAGAAAAAUCGUCCUUUUGAUAGAAGAAAAAUCAAAUGUUUCAGAGCAACGAAAAUCUGUGACACUAUAUAGUUUUAAUGGCAGCGUAUUGCCUAAGGCUUGGGGUGUUUAGCCUACUCAAUCUAGAGCAGAGGGUCUGGCUAAAAGCCCAAUGACAUUCCAUAGAUGUAGUGCCAUUCGAAAAAAACAACAACACGAUUUUCCUCAUUCCACCCAGGUGCCAAAAUAGGUACCUGACUUCGGUUAGAGAGGCAAAAGUCGGUAGAAGGAGAGGUUGGGCUCUGCCUCCCACUACCCUACCCUAUACCUACAGCUACUCACUGCCUUUAAAGACCCUUUUGUACUUCCUUUACUUUUUACAUUUAAUAUGCAGUUAAACUAAGAAUGAUCACAGCAAAGCAGGCGGGUGGCGGGAGUCUUGACUCCAUGCAUUUCUUCAAUGCAGGUAAUCAUAACCAGAAGAUUGAUAGUAUUAAUUCUCUAGAUCCGGAACCAGU